AAGACCUCAUCGGCGAAAACGAGGCGCAAACAACAUAAGAAAGAUUUUUAUUUCUCGUAUUCCUAAUUCAUCUUCUAAUCUUCUACAACGCGCUGAGUCUUAUCUUUAACCGGCGAAGGCAAACGCCGAAUAGAAAACACAGGACACAGUUCAGAAAGCAUUUCCAAUGGCCUCCACAUUCUCAGUGCAAACAGUGCAGAGCCUUAGUAUUGUGUGUAAGGCUAGUCGUGGUCAAGAUGUUACAAGUCUGAGUAGGCCAUGUAUGAUAUCUACAGCUCCAACUUUGAGCUUGGCUGGAAGAGCAUUGACAUCAAGAUCUAACUAUGCAAUUAGUUUACCCAUCGUACAGCGUUCUAAAGCUCCUUCUUUUAAGCACCGGAGAAUGGCGUGUGUCAACUCAAUGACAAAUGAUGUUGAGCUUCAAGCAAAAGUGACAACCAAGUGCUUCUUUGAUGUUGAUAUUGGCGGUGAACCUGCUGGUAGAAUUGUGAUGGGCCUUUUUGGAGAUGUUGUCCCAAAAACUGUUGAGAACUUCCGCGCCUUGUGCACCGGCAAGUUUUUCUCUUUUUGGAAUCAAUACUGUGAAAGCAUCAUCAUUUUGGAUGUAAUCAUGUGGUGUCUUUUGAUAAACCAGCAUAAAAAUUCAAAUGCAGGAGAGAAAGGAUAUGGUUACAAAGGAUGCUCCUUCCACCGUAUCAUUAAAGAUUUCAUGAUCCAGGGAGGGGAUUUCACAGCAGGGAAUGGAACUGGAGGAGUUAGCAUUUAUGGGUCUAGCUUUGAAGAUGAGAGCUUUGCCCUAAAGCAUGUUGGACCUGGAAUAUUGAGCAUGGCUAAUGCAGGCCCUGAUACCAAUGGGAGCCAAUUUUUCAUUUGCACAGUACCAACUCCAUGGUUGGACAACCGACAUGUUGUGUUUGGAAAUGUCAUUGAUGGAAUGGAUGUCGUUCGAAAACUUGAAUCUCUAGAGACAAGCAGGAUGGAUUCUCCUCGGGCACCAUGCAGGAUUAUCAAUUGUGGUGAGCUACCAAUGGAUGGCUGAUCUAUUUCCUCUCAGAUAGUGGUCCACAACUUUUGCUACUGUUUCUGCAUUGUGCAUCCCAAUUUUUUUAAUUAAGAUCUAUGACCCUUUUGAUCGUGAAGGUUUUAUUUAGGACCGUGUACGCAGAACUUAAAGCAUUUUUGUCAAAAGAAAUUAGAGCUAUGCUUUGUAGGUUCAUGCUAGAAGUGAACAUAUUAUUUAUAUUUGAACAUAAAUGCUAAUGUUGGCUUACAAUCUCAGCACAACAAGGCUUUACUAGAUAAAUUGUAACUCGGGUUUCAUUAUCCUGGUGCCGCUAAGGUUGAAGUAAUGUCGAGGAUGGUAUUACAUAAUCA